UAAAAUAAAAGGAGAAACAGAGCGGGGAAAAUAUCUGCGAUAGUUAUCGCUCGUGGAAGUUGGAAUAGCAGACGGAGGCAGCUGCUGGUUAAUUCCGAAAAAUGACGACACUCGCAACUCCAGCUUGCCUUGCGUUAUCCGAAGUAGUGGUGGGAGCGAGAACCAGCGGCCGCCGCUGCCAGGAAAUCAAGGUUGGUUUUCCACUGCGGCGAUCAGGGACGUCACCCCGUCGAUUACGAAUGCUCUGCCGCCGUGGUGGUGGUGAGCCUGAAGCCACCAACGAUUCUGCUUCUGGUUCGUCGAAGAUGGAAAGGAAGGAGGUGGACGGCGGCGAUGAUUUGGGGUAUCUGUUCAAACUUGGAGUAGGUACUUUCGCCGGAGCUGCUGCAAUCAAAUACGGAAGCGUGGUGUUCCCGGAGAUUACAAGGCCCAACCUCACUCAAGCUUUGCUUAUGAUCUCACUUCCAGUCGUCGUAGCCAGUCUCCUGCUUUUCAUCAAUCAAGACCCCUCCGACGACAACUGACUAAUUCCGACGGAAGCAAUGCUGCGGUGUAAACUUUGUAACUUCAUGAGAUAAUAAAUAAAAUGUCGAUUUUGAAAUCCCCUUAUUGAUCUCCUCCUGUUCCUGUUGUGAAUGAAGAUUCAGACUUCUAACCAUUUAUA